GAUCUUGUCCCCCCCGAAGACAAGUUUAAGUAAGGCAAUUUAAUGAAACUAAAAUUAGGCCUAUAAAAUAACUUUAUUCACAUUCACUGUCACUAUUACUAUGUCGACUAUUAGUCGCUUGAACGGACGUAGGUUUAAUUUCACUGAAUAUCAGGCUUGACUUGACUUGACAAACAUUUCACCCCUUGCAAGUUGCAUGUCAUUGAUAGUAUAGGAUUAGGGUUAGGGUUAGUAUACGGAUACGGUACCGAGUCUUUUAUCGUCUUUGGCUUGAUUACAUCUGUUCACUACUCGAGCAACAUCUCUCCCUGCCAUUUAGUUUAGUACUUAGAUGAAUUUAUUAUGCGACUUUCACCAUUGAAACCGUAACAACGUUCUUCUGGGCUCUGGCGCCUCUGGGUUUCACAGAAAGAUAGAGACGGAGAAAGAGAGAGAGGCAAGGCAGUUCUCAACAAGGAAAACUUCCGAAGAGCUAUAAUUAGUAUCACAACAAAAUGUAGCCAGGCUUAUUUGUUUAGAAAGUCAAUCGCCAUCAUAAUCACAGUUCUCUUUUUAAAUUAUUAUAAAUAAGUAGGCCCUAUGCCUAUAUUGCCUAUACUAUAUAAAAAUGAUACCAUCUUCCGUUUUAGCUAUUUAAUUAGGCCUACAUGUGUAUGAUGACUUUUUUCAAAAAAUGAAACCAUUUAUUCAUUCAUCUAGAUAAGACCAUCACGAGUCAUAGUAAUUUAUAUCAUUUGCACUUGAACAAGGAAAGUAUAGGCCUAAUAAUGAACAAAAAAUUGUGAAUACUCAUAAUCAUUUAAGUCAAGUAUAAGCCAUCUCUUGUGUUAAGGCAGAAUGUUCAAAUUUUAACAUUAACAUAUCAAUGAUCAAACUUAAAUACAUUUAAAAUACAUGACAUGUCAUUUUCUUUUAAAUACAGACUACAUAUGUCAUAUGUCAUGUUAAUGUUAGGCAUAAUAUUACUACUCUAUCAUAGUAAUAGAGUCUAGGACUAUAUUAUAUAACAGAUCAGUGGUUCCCAAACUUUUAAAUGUAUUCUAGACAAAACUCAUAAAAAAAUUAUUUAAAAUUAAUACCCUUCAGUUUCACUUUAACUUUAAUAGACUUUAACCAUUUUUUUAUGAUAAUCUCAAAUGUCCCUACCACUAAUGGUCAUAUGAAAACUAUAUAAAAUAUUGAACUGCUAAUUUUGACACAAUUUUUCAAAUUAUCAUUUCACGAUAUAAAUUUUGUUGGGGCACCAUAUCCAUAUGAACAUCUCUUUUAAACAAUGUGUAAUUGUUAUUAAACAUACAGAUACUCUCAAUCUCAAGAACUCUAACCCCAGAGUCUAUGAAACCUUUGUAGGACAAGGAAGGAAAUCAAUCCAAGAUUAUUAAAUUUUUAAAAUAAAUAUUGCAUAUUUUAUUCUUUUUUAACUUUGAACCUAAAGUUUGAAAAAUUCAUUUCCAAAGACCUAUGCAAAUGCAAAUGGCAGAGAAAUUAUUUAGUAACCCCUAUAUAAAACAGAAUGCUAAUUAGAACAAAAUGCACUUUAGGACAACUUUAGGACAGUUGUUAUUUUUGACUACAUUUAAGUUUAAUUAUGUAUAUACAUCAUAUCCUUAUUUCUGUACCAAUUGGUAUUAAAAUUAAAAUUUCUCAGAUAUGUUAAUAAACAUACUUAAGGUACAUAUUAAUUUAUUAUGUAAGCUUCAUUGAAACCCUUUGUUCUAUGUCUAUAACAAAUCAAAGUUUAAGUUUAAAUAGAUUGAUUGUUCUAGGCAUUUGAGAAUUUGAAAAUUCCGUUUUUUUUCUUCAGUUUUUCAAUCAGUAAAGCAGAAUGAGUAAAAGAAAGGCUGAAACAGAAAAUCUUAAUUCAGAAUUUUGUGACUUCCUUAUGGGUGAGCAGAUCAUUGUGACAGUAUGACUGACGAUUAUUGUUGUGAGUGAAGUUUGUGACCUGAUUGGCCGGUGAUGUUGUUAUGUGGUAUGACUGGACGUCAUGAGUUGUUUUUAUUCAUGAAGGUUUUAAACUUAAAUGCCUGGCAAAGUGGAAUGAGUGAUCAUGAAUGUAGAGGUAUAAAAAGGGUGUUUAAUGUAGAAUAAGGUCAUUUGUUACACCGAACACAGAAGAGUGUGCGUCAUUCAUUUCUAUUACAAUCAUUACUACAAAAAAUUAUAAAAAUUGAAUAUUCAUGAUUCUGGAUUCAUUGCUAACAAAUUAUUAAAUUGUCAACUGGUUUGUGCUUUAAAUGCAGUAAAAACAAUUGAUUAUGUUGUACAAUUUCACCUUUCUUGGGUGUGGGGAAGUUGGUGAAAAAGGUUAUAGAAAAGACAAGGUGAAGCAGACAAUAAUGGUAAGACUGACAGGCCAUUAGCAAGGCAAGUUAAAGUAAUGUAUACAGGGGCACAACAAAUAUCAUAUUUAAAUUUGAUAUUGAGUUGUAAUCAAAUGAAAAUAAGACAAAACAAUUCAUAAUUCAUAUCAGCCUCUGAUAUUGUUAACAAUGAAUUCAAAAUUUGUAUUAAUGAGCAGUUAGGAUUUAUUGUAGUUUACAGUUAUCUGGAAACUUAUUUUAUAUACAUAUUGAGCCUGCAAGAUAUCUAAAAUAAAAAAAAUUUGUAAUCAUCUGGAACUGUUACAAUUUUCCCCCUCUACAAAUCGAGUGGUUAUCUUACAUCUUUUCUGCCUUUUUUUUAAUACCAGAAAACUUAGCUUAAUAAAUAAUCAUUCCAAUUGAAAUUUUGCUUAAAUAUUUCUUUUUUUCUAGAACUGGCAAAUUUUGAAAAAAAUGUAACCAGAGCUAUCCACAAAUAUAAUGUGUACAGAAAAGCAGCUGGUGUGUUAGCAAAACAUCCUGUGAAGAUUAUGAGUGGAGCAGAAGCUAAGAAAUUAGUAAGUAUUUGUUAAAAAAAAUUGUUAGAUUUUAAUUUUUGCUUCUUAGAAUUUUCAACAUGAAGAAAAUAUUGGGAAGAAACAUCAGCUUCUUCAAUGUCCAAUUGAAAUUGUGCAUUAAGAAAUUGUGUCAGCAAGCCGUUGAGGUAGUACGGAGCUCUUAAUGCCCUCCCCAAAGCACCCCGUUAAGCCCCAGUAUCGGGCCAAAAAGUGGCAUGUUGGAGAUCUCCCUUUGCCAAGACAGCCCUCGCCAGCACCCACUGGAUUGGGUAUCAACAGAGGCCACCCCAGCCCAAGGACAUCCGGUCGGCGGUGACGCCACUCUCACAGCUUCAACAGUCGACUUUCCCAGGAGUCGGGAUGGUAUAUUUACGUCCUAAAAUCUUCCCCCUCCAAGCCCGGAGAAGCAUCAGAUGCCCUCUAAUAUGGAUUUCUACAGUGGGUUUCUACCUCGCAACUAAUCAGCUGGGAUGAAAUGGUAAAAAUUUUAAAAAUGUAAUCAUGAUCCCUACUUAGAAACCGACAGAAUUUCGGCUUCGGUUUCGGCGCCGAAAGUGGCCAUUUUAUCACUUUCUGCCAAGUUUCGGUUUCGGAUGAAACUGAAUGUUAACUUUCGGCCUAAUUUCGGUUUCAGCCGAAAGAGAAAAGUUAACUUUAGUUUUUUUUUCGGUCUCGGUCGAAAUUGACUUUCUGGCCGAAAGUGACUGAGGUUUUCGGUCAUCUAAAUCUCAUCAAAAGCCAUAUUUAACAACAAACUAAAUGAUCUUUAAGAACAAAUUAAGCGAUCUUUAAGAACAAACUAAAUGAUCUUUAAAAACAAAUAUAGUGAUCUUUAAAAACAAAUAUAGUGAUCUUUAAAAACAAAUAAAGCGAUCUCUAAUUAAAUGAACCUAAACGAUCUUAAAGAACAAACUAAGGGAUCUUUAAGAACAAAACAAAUAAUCUUUAAUAGUAUACUAAAUGAUUUAUAAGAAUAAACUAAUCAAUCUUAAACAGAAAACUAAAUGUUCUUUAGGAACAAACUAAAAGAUCUUUAGGAACAAACUAAUCGAUCUUAAGGAACAAAAUCAAUUAUCUAUCAGAACAAACUAAGCGAUCUUUAUGAAAAAACUAAGCGAUCUUCAACAACAAAAUAAGCGAUCUUUAAGAACAAACUAAAUGAUUUUUAAUAAAAAACUAAAAGAUCUAUACAAACAAACUAAAUGAUCUUUAAGAACAAACUGAAUGAUCUUUAAGAACAAGUAAGCGAUAUUUAAGAACAAAAUCCUUUAUGAACAAACUAAACGAUCUUUUAAUAACACAAACUUGGCGAUCUUUAAGAAAAAACUUAGCGAUCAUUUUUGAACAAACAAAAUGAUCUUUAAUAACAAACUAAAAGAUCUUUAAACAAAAACUAAGCGAUCUUUAAGAACAAACUAAGCGAACAAAUAAAGCAAUCAUUAACAAAAAACUGAACGAUCUUUAACAACAAACUAAGCGAUCUUUAGGAACAAACUAAACAAUUUUUAACAACAAGAUGUUAUAUUAGAUGUUUAUUUAUUAAUAUUCACGAUUAUCUCAUUUUUUAUAAAAAGGAUGUAAAUGUUUAUACUUUCUCCCAUCAUUUUCGAUGUAUGCAGAAUGUAAGCGGGAACAAAUUUCAAAAUAUCUAAAUGUUUGGGUUUCGGCCGAAAGUCAUAUAUAACUUUCGGUACUUUUUCGGUUUCGGCCGAAAGUCAUUUUUAAACUUUCGGUACUUUUUCGGUUUCGGCCGAAAGUCAUUUUAAACUUUCUGCCUAUUUUCGGCUACGGCCGAAAUCAGAAAAUCACUUUCGUUCGGUCUCUAUCCCUACCCUGUUGCCGUUUUAUUUCCAGCUGCAAAUUUUCCACAGCUGGUAGCCUUGGUGAUGCUACCAUUUUCAGCAGAAACCAUGCAUGUCCUUUGUCUCCCAGCGCAGGCUCAUGCAAUGGUAGUUUUGUUCCCUUGGUAAUGCCAGGGGGUCAGUGGCAGCGUUUCUUUUGUCAGCAAGCCACUACAGCCUUGUCAACCAGAGGGGGGGCCCCAGGGCAGCUGCCUAAUCAAACCUGCAGCAGAGCACCCACACAUACACACCUCCAAGGCAGACUAGAUUGCUGGAUGUUCUUCCAGUCUUCUGCCGUUAAAUAUACAUUAAAAAGUAUAUAAUUAUUCAAAUACUUUUCUAAAUUCAAAAUGAACAAUACAAACAGGUACAAAAUCAAUUUAUUCAAAAUUUUUAAUCUUCAUAUUUUUGUUUUAAAAAGUUUGAAUGUAAAUUAAUUUAUUCUAUAAACUAUUACAUUUUAUUUUUAUUAAUUUUAGUAAGCUUAAACUUUUUAAAGAAAUAGAAACAUACUGGUAAAUAACUGUAUAGAUGUAUUUCAUUAUUUUUUGUUUCACCAAAGGAUGGCAUUGGAGACAAAAUUGCAAAAAAAAUUGAUGAAUUCAUAAAAACUGGGAAGCUUGAAAAGUUAGACAAGGUAAGAUUAAAGGCUGUCACGUCUUGUAGAAAAUUAUGUAACUUAAAAUUUUUGAAUUUCAGCUAUCAGCUUUAAUAGAUUAAAAAUGAUUAUGAAAUUUAACAUUUUUUCAGAGCUAUAUAUAUAUACCAAAGAAAAGAAUUCGUAAUAUUUAUUGCUUGAUGCCUUUAUUUAAUGCUUCUAAUUCAACUAAGUCCUUAUCAGUCAAAUUAUGACCAAGAAUCAAUUACACAAUUCUGCCGUACACCAACUAGUACAAAAAAAAAGACGUCCUUUUCAGACUGGGGAUGAAAAAGAUAUAAUUUAUUUCAUAAAUAAAAAUAUCAUUCUCAUUUUUGCAAUUUUUUAUUCAAAACAAGAGAUGACUGCAAAAUAACCAUUACGUUGAAAUGAAAAUUAAGUAAUGGAUCCGGGCAGAUAAAUGCCAGUGUAGAAGAAGGAAAAAUACCACAGAAUUUUAAGUGAUCACAAGAAGUUGUCAUUGUUGGAAUUAAAAUAAUAUAUUAUUUUUAUGAGUUAUUUUCUGAACAUCAAUAUUUUAAUAGUAAAUUUUGGUAAAUGUUUUGUUUUUAGAUACAUGCUGAUGAUCACAAUAUGGCUAUAAAUGAAUUAACUAAAGUGACAGGAAUUGGGUGAGUAUCUUAAAUACUGUGAAGAUAAAUAUUUUUAGCUGUUGCAGUAGGGACACAUUUUCUGGGGCUUGUCUAAAAAAAGAUUCAAAUCAAUGCUAGCAAGCAACUCGUUUGAGAGAAGCUCACACCACCUGAGCAGUGUAACUAUGUGGGGUUAGAAAAGCCUAAGUAGCAGCAUUCUCAAAACGACCAGGGUAAAGAGUGAAUUUGUUGUGUUGACGUUAAUUUAGUUACAUCCAAGAAUAAAUAAAUUUGUUUAUUAUAUUUAAUGACCAAUGGUGUUAAUGAUUAAAAAAAACAUACCCAUAAAAUUAUCCUACACUGAUACCUGCUUAUAACAGUGAAUGGAGGUAAAAGGGUCAUCCAUAAACAACUUCAUGUGUCUAGGCAUUGGGUUCCAAGCUCAAGACUUGGGGACGAUGUGUGAUAGAAGUUACUAAUUUGUGUUACAAAUUUUUUGACAAUUCUGGGGGGGAUCUGCUAUUACAGGGUGCUGUCAUUUAUGGAUAGCCUCUUAGUCAACCAUGCAGAAUGCUGGGCAUUUGCAAACUAAUAUUAAUUAAGAAAAUUUCUCCUACUCAUUAACAGCUGGAAUUAACAAUUUGGGCAAUAAACAAAAAAAUUAACCUCCAAGCUAAAGUAAUCCAAAAUGUGUAGUCAUCUUAUGUUGUUUUUAAGUGUCUACUAACUUUUAUUCAGGGAACCAAAACAUUCUCAAACAGUAUAUGUUGAAAUAAAUAUAUAGAUAUAAUUAUUGUUAAUCAUUAAACUCACGAUACAUUGUUAAAUAUUCCAGGCCAGCAGCAGCUCAGAAAUUAGUAUCUGAGGGCAUUAUGUCUAUUGAAGGUAUUUUUUGUUCUUUCUCUUUAUAAUAUUGUAUUAAAUUAGGAAUCAACUGAUGGAGUUCAGCUCUAGCAUAAACUCCUUGUACUGACAUUUUUUUCAAAAGUAAUGUAGCCAAGUCUCACAGAUGUUUUGCAAGAAUAAAAAUAAUUGUUGGAAUAUGGGUGCAAUAAUUGUUAUGGACAUAUAUUAUCUUAUAUGAUAGUCAUUUCAUUUGAUGAUGCUCAUUACUUUAACACCUUUUUGGAAAAAAAACAAAAACUUUAAGGUUGCGAAUCUUUAAUAAUAGUAAGUUCUAUUGUGUUAAGAAAUAAAAAGGUUGAAAACCCCUUAUCUAUAGCAAAGACUUGAAAGUGCCUUGAACACUUUUUUCCAAAUCAUUCAAGCUUGGAAAUAUGAUACACAUGUAAAGCUUUACUACUCUAUUUUUUUUUAUAGAAAAUAUUUUUUAAUAGAUUUUAUAAUUUAUAUUUAUAUAUUAAUAUUCUAAAAAUUGUUUCCUUUCUCAGAUUUACAGAAGCAUUCUGAUAAAUUAAAUCAUCAUCAAAAAAUUGGCCUAAAGUAAGUUUUUAAGAAUGAAUAGAACUAUAAAUAAAUGAUAUAUUAAAAAACUUAGGUUCUAUUCAGUAUGACCAAUUUUAAUAAAAAAUGCUAGUUCAUCAAAUAUUGUUAACAAAGUUCACCUUCUAUUAACUAAAGUUUAGAAUAACUAACACUAAAUUUAAUUUUUGUUAACACAAUAAGAUUUCAAAUGUAAGCUUUCAAUAGAUAAAUCUUAUGAUUUGAUAUAUUAAGCUUGUUUUAGCAACUUUUUUGCAUUUUUAAAAAUGCAAUUAUUCAUAUAAUAUAAUGCAUUAAUUUUCUUUCCAAAGACAUUUUGAGGAUUUUGAGAAAAGAAUUCCAAGAGCAGAAAUGAUCCAAAUCCAGGUUAAAUUAAUUAUUUUCACUUAAAAUUAUGGCUUUCUAAAAAGCUUCUCCCAUUUUCAAGGGUUGAAAUGUAAAUUGAAAGCAACAAAAUAAGACUACAGUUUGCACCUUCUCUUUUCCAUUACAAAUAACACUUUUAAUUAAUAAUGAUGAAGUUUUUUGACAUAUUAAUAAGUUCUUGGGCUUUAUAGUUAAUUAAAUUUCACAGAGUCAUUUAAGUAAAUAAGAAACCCAAUAAAAUAUAGAAAUGUUCAUUGUGAAAUUAUCAGAAAGAUUUUGUGAUAAAACCCCUCUCAUUCCAACAGUUUCAAUCAGAUCUGGAUAAUGAAUUCUAGACAAAAAUAUAAUAAAAACAUGUUUGUAGAGUUAUUUUGAAUUUUUUUUUAUAUUGUUAAAGUUAUUUUUUUCUAAAAGUUAUAUAUGUGUUUCUCUUUCCGGUCCAUAAAUUAUAAAUUGAAAUUACCUUUAUAAACAGAACUUUGUCACAGAACAGAUACACAAAUUGGACAAAAAUUUCAAAGUCAAAGUUUGUGGGAGUUUCAGGCGAGGUAUUUGGCAAUAAUAUUUUAUUAUUAAAAAGGGGAAUAAAUAAUUAUAUCCAAUUAUCUUCUUAAUAUCUGAUUCAUGCAUCAUGGACUAAUUCCAAUAUUAAACGAAUUUGAACUGAGAUGCCAUUACCUGGUCAGCUCUUGCUACUGGUCCAACAAUAUUAAGGUUCUUCUAGGAGUUAAUUAUGUCAUGAUUUUUAAAAAAAAAUGUUAUGAAGAACUAAAUGUAAUUAAUCAAAUGUUUUUUAAUUUAUAUAAAAUAUACUUAUAUUUAUAGAGUUAACUUAAUUUGAAGUACAACAAAUAUCUUAAUUAAGACAUCUCCCCAUAAUAUUGGGAUUCCCUAACCAAUGUUUUCAAUUUUAAAAAAAAAAUUAUUUGGAGCUAACUUGUUGAAACAAAUGGUUGGAGUAAAGAAAUUAUUGAAAAUCAAUUUAGUUCACCUUUACUAAAUUUCACUUGUUUUAAAUUACAUUAAUGGCAGGAGCUGAGAGUAGUGGCGACAUAGACUUCCUGCUGACACAUCAAGAUUUUACAUCAACAUCAGGCAAAAAAGUAAGAAUUCUCUGAACUUAAAAUAGAAAAUAAUCAAUUUUUUUUUUCGCGGGCCGCAAAGUGGGUGCUGGCGGGCCGCAAGUGGCCCGCGGGCCAUAUGUUUAGCAGGCCUGGUUUACAGGAAUAUGGGAAGAUGUUAAACAUUAUUUCACAAUGUUUUUAAUUCAGUGCGUACCAACCCUUUGAACAUUAUGACAUGACACUGAAUAUUGGUCUAUUAAUUAUAAGUUAUAAACUGUCUGUAUGUAACAAUUAUGGUGAGGCAUUAAUCAAGUUCUGCUAAAUGACUUUAACACAAAUAGUUUGUUUCUUUCAAUAUCUACUUUAGCUUUAAUUGCAAUCCAACCCUCUAACAAUUACUUGAGAUUGAUACUAUAGUCUAAUAAUACUGUUUAUCCAUAGUUUGUGGAACUCUUCUUACUUGCUCACACCAACAGCACUGUGUACACCAGUUAGGUAUAACUUUGAUCAUGAUUCUUUUAUUUCUCAAACAGCCUACUCUGCUGCACAAUGUUGUCAAAAGUCUUGAGGAUCUCAAAUUUGUAACAGACACGCUAUCAUUGGGGGAUUCUAAAUUUAUGGUAUGUUAAAUUUUAAUUUUUUUAAACCGUAGUUUGAUGUUAUAUUUUGAACUGCCUUGAAUCAGAAUAAAAAAAAAAAGAUGUUUAUUGGAACAGUAUUUUCAGAUUAGAUAACUAGAUAACUAACAGGAAGUCAUGCUUGUCACUUAGCUUUCUGGCCAGUCAAUUUUUUUAUAUCGAGUAUGGAACUCUGUAAAUCAUGUGUGCCAUGGAUUUGUUGCUUAAACUCAUAAUACUCAUUCUGGCUUCUGAGCAUAAAAGAACAUGUUUCUAAUAUUUAUCAUUUAUGUAUUAUUGUUAAAAGAAACAGAAUUAAUUGGUCCUACUGAAUGUUGGUUUGAGUUAGUCAAUACAUUUAAAUUGUCAUAGAAUUAUUCAUAUUAACUCUUAUUUGUUAUUUGAAAAAUUUGACCUUCGAAAGUUAAACAAAUAUUUAAUUCCCUUUCAAUUUUUUAAGGGCGUUUGCCGAUUGCCUGAAGGAGAUGAUGGAAAAGAAUUUCCCUUCAGAAGAAUUGACAUAAGGUAAGCUUAGAAGUAAAUAUUUUUAUAGAAGCUUGUGUUUCAUAAUUUUAAUUGAAAUAAGGAGUCUCAAAUGAAUAUUUUAUUAUUUAAAAAGUACAUUAGACAUUAUUUUGUUUCAAAUUUUUAUUAUAUCACCGUUAAGGAUUCGUUCGUGUUUAUGGGUGAGUGUUUGAUGCUGAGAGUAUUUGUUUAGCUGUUGCAAUGUGCUAGGAUUUUGUGACGUAUUUGGGUAAGGGGAAAAUGACGUUAAUUUUGUUAUGAUUUGGAUGGCAGCAGUGAUGGAGUAGUUAGCAAUGGAGUGUUGGUAAUGGAGUUGUAGAGUGAAAUGGGAUGAAAGAAGAUGCUGUAUAUUUAAAUAAAGAGAUUUGUUAUAUAAAUCAUUGGUUUGUAAAAUAAAUCAAUUAUCCCUAGAAAAAAAGAUAUUGAACUAAUAAUUUCCAGUUCGUAACAAUCACAAAGAAUAAAAAAUGAAACUACAGGCCACAUAUAGCUUGUAAUAUAUGGCCCCCGUUUAAAAAGGAUUUAUAUUUAAUAUUUAUUUCAGAUUAUUACCACAUGACCAGUACUACUGUGCACUGCUUUAUUUCACUGGCUCAGAUGUUUUCAAUGCCAACAUGCGUCAAGAAGCUUUAAAUCAGGGGUUCACUAUUAAUGAAUAUUCCAUCAGACCCUUAGGCAGCACAGGUUUGUUAAAGUUCUUUCCGUCGGAAGAUUAAAAGAUAAAACAUAAUGGGGAAGUAUGAAACACAGAACUUUUGAUAAAUUUAAGUUGUAGUUUAAUUAAAUAUUUGAAACUAUUUCAUCAGUGAUUAAAUUUAAUUAGUUAUUUUGAAUUAAUUUUAAACAAUUUUUUUUUUACUUUACCAACUCAUGUUUUCACUGGAUUAAAUUUUAAUAAACUUUAUUUCUAGGAGUUCCUGGAGAACCACUUCCUGUAACUUGUGAGGAAGACAUUUUUGAUUAUAUUGGAAUGAAGUACAGGGAACCCAAUGAAAGAACAGCCUGAGGGAUAAUAUUUUACUACAAAAAAUAAAAACUAGCAAAAAUACAACUUCUGCUAUUAAGUUUAUGAAGAGGUAUUAUUUAUUCUGAGAAAAUUCUUAAUUUGAACCCCUUUACAUUAAAAAUUGUAAUGGUUUUCAAAGAUGUUAAGUUAUGAAUGACAAUACUAUACAGCUAUAUUUUUAAUGCUUGUUUUUAAUAACCAGUUUCAAAGCCUUCACAUUUAACAUACUUUUACAAAAUGAUAUUAAGGGGGAGAGGAUGCAAUCAGGUUAGGUAGAGGGAAAUAAGUGCAAAAAAGUGUGGGAAAACUGAAAGAAGAAAGAUGCUACAAAACAACGAACGUGUCAGCAAGAAGCCUUCUUUUGUGAAAAAACAGCAGUAAAAACAAUAUAAGAAAAUAAACACUAAACUGCAUUGUAGUAUCCGAGAGGACAGCAAGAGUAAUGUGAUAGAACUUUAGUAGGUAAGAGAGUUAAUACAGGCAAUGGGGACAGAAAAGAGGAAAAGUAAGUCCAAUGUGAUUGGUUUUAACAAGGAGGGGGAACAAGUGAAAAAGAACAUGACAUUCAUGUCAUGUGGUGUUAAGGUCCCAUAAGUCUGAAAAGGCUUCUUGCCAACACAUUUGUUGCAUCCUUUUUUAAUGUUUUGCCUCAUUUCCUUACUUUUACAAAAGAAGUGCUGGUACUUCUUUUGAUAAAUAGUUAAAUUUCUUUACCACUUGGUGUAAACUGUAGUCGUGAUUAUAGUAUGAAUUAACAUGAGAAUGUAAAUAGAUUAUCAAAACAUUCAAAUAUUUUAAAUAAGAUUGUGAUAGACACACAAUAUUAAAAUAUCAUUAUCAUCAUUAUUGAUUAUUUGUUUUAUUUCAAGUCAUAAUAGUUAAGUAUUUAAAAAAAAAAAUUUAUAUUUAUCAUCUUCACACAACAUUACAAUGUAUCUUCACCACCAUCAGAUUUUGAUUUAUUUUUUUUUGAUAGUUGUUCGGGUAUUUUUGACUACAGUUAAUCAUUGCUUGAAUUAUUGGUUCUGACAGUAAUUGUUUUAAACAAAAAUGCAUUUAAAAUCUCCUUGAUUUUAGCAUGGGUUUCAUUGAAAUUUGCUCUAAAUGAAAAACUAACAUAGCAUAAUGGAAAUUUUUUAUUCAUACAGAUAUUGUAAAUAAAGUUUUUGUUGUUGUUUGAUUGCACUACAACUGACAAAUUAUUUUUAGAGUAACAAUUACUUGUGUUGAUUGAACAGUUUUUGAGUUUGAGUUAAAUCAUUUUACCCUCGAUUACAGCUUUUAGUUUUUAUUGGAAAAUCUCAGGUCUGGCUACACCAGCUGUACCACCUUUAUGAUUAUAUUUAUUGAUAGUCACCUAAUCUACACCAAGCUAUUACUAAUUGCAUCCCAAAGUGCAACAGAACAGAAACACAUUAAGUGAGAUAGCUUAAAGCAUGUACCUGUACUUUAUAUAUUUAUACACAUGAUUUUUACUCCACUGAAAUGUUGAAGUAAUCAAUCUAGUUGAAGUUUAAAAGCUAGAAAUUAUGUAUUUUCUUAAAUCUUGAUUACAAUUUACAUUAAAUGAACAGAUGGUAUUUGUUAUGGACAAGUACUCAUAAACCCAGCCAAUCUCAGGUGAAUAAAGCAGAGUUUUAGCAUAUAUUUAUGUAUUACAGUACCCAGUAAUCAAUAAGUGAUAUUUUUAACUGACUAGCUACCAGAUUGAAAAACCCACUGUGGCCGAAUUAAAUCUAGGUCACGUUUACUACAAUACAAACUUUAGUGCUACCAGCGGCCAUAAUGAAAGAAAUGCCCAGCCGCUCCCACCGGCUCAUGGUAGUUAACCAGUUAAAGACUAACCUUGUUUUAAUAUUUUUACAACUAUACUAUAAUAGAAUUAUGAUAUAUAUAGUUUAAAAAAUAUCUUAGCU